GUUCCCGUACUCUUGGGGGCGUUACCUGCUUCAUUGACGAGGUGGCCUCGAGUCGUGCAACUAAAACCGAUUUCUAGAAGUCGUCGGGAAGGAAUCGGUGCAUCUUUAGACUAGGAGAACUACAAUGUCACUCUCUUCGAUCCGUCGCUGGUCGUUGUGGCUGAUUAGCUCUUGUAUCAUUCAAGUAGUCGUUGCGCAGCAAAAACGCUGCAGUAACGGAACGGCUACGGAGGAUUGCGGCAGUAGCAGUCGAUGCAUAACUUCUGUGUGCACGUGCAACAGUGGCUACUCGAGCGCGUCUGGAUCAAAUUGCGAGCGUCUGGAUACAUCAUGUCAUACAGAAAAACCAGAUUGCUAUGAUUGUGAGGGCAGCUUGUGCGUGAGAUGUGUGCGUGGCUAUUCGGUGGUACCUUCUGAUGGUAGCUGUACAAUCAGCUGUAGUUCAGAAAACACUGUUCUUAUUUUUUCGAAAUCUCAAGGGAUAGAAGGAAAAUUCUGGGGACAUGUUUGUCAAGCUCCAUCCUCCUCUGAGAGUGGAAGCUUGUCGACUACAAUCAUUGUAGUCAUUGUCAUAGUGAUAGUGUUACUUUUGAUCGUUAUUGCUGUAAUUGUGUUUGUGCUGGUUCGAUCUGCUCGAGCAAGAGGUUCAUUGCAGAUCAACUCUCCAGCACCAAGCGACAAUUCUAUAAUGAUGCGAACAAAAGCUCAAACGAGGAUAGCGCGAAGAGAAUCCAGACGAAUAUCAAAAGAGAUAGAAGCUCACGUAUCUGAACAUGUCAAUAAGGGUUUUGUUGGAGACAACGAAGAGGCACCAUCAGCAGAAGAAGUAGACGAAUUUAUGAAACGUUUGUCGGAACUGCGAGACAAUGCGGUUGCCUUUCUUACAAUACUAAACGAUAUGAGGAGGCGCCUCAAGACUCUGCAGUCUGAUGCAGAAGGCACAAAGCAGUGCAAAAAAGUGAUCAGAGAUCUUUCAAGACUUCUUUUUAUUCUCAACAAGAAACCUCAAUCUGUCCAAAUGCCACCCGAUGGCCUGAAGUUGCUCACUUGGGCAGAGCACAUACUCACUAGAUACAAAGUAGCUCAGCCCGGAAGAGUUGAAGAUGCGGAGCAAUCUGGUCCAAUGAAUGCUGAUGAUAUAGAGGCACAAAUUGGUGAUGACAGCCAAUAGUAGGUUUUCUAGUUCAAUCAUGAGACACCUAGACUCGUGUGAGAAUCAAUGUAGUGUCUUAAAAAGUUCGUCAAUUUUUAUGCUUGUGAUUUGUUAAUUAAUAUGCACUCCAGAAAUGAAGAAAAGUUGUUAAAAUUGA